AUGCCGCCCAAGGCGAGAGUGGUGACAAAGGCGAGCAAUCCGGAGUCCAAAGCUCCUGAACUAAACCCAGAAACACUGAACGAUCGAACUUGUCAGCGCUACUACCAGACGAACCCCGUCCAAAGGCGAUUUGAAGAAGCUGGCUUCCCGGGUUUAACUCCCGCGGAGAGAAAAGUUUUUAUCUACUCAAAUCUCAUUCAACCAAUCGCCGAUCACAAGAUCUCUUUGUCUAAUAAGACAGAAAGAGAUUACUGGAAACAAGUCACGAAAGACGGACUGCCCAUUCGCCGCCUUCGACAGGGACACUGCUGGGGCAAGGACAAAACCGGCCGCGACAUUGGCACAUAUCAGCUUGAGAAUUUUGAAAGGCGCUCGGUAAAGCAAGCUCGGCUGGCGUCUCUGGACAUUCUUCAUCACCAGUUCCUUGCCAAACGACGUAAAGCAAUCGCUAGGGGCAGAGACGUCUCGAACGAAGAAUUGGAUGAAGAAAAGACGAGACGGAAAGACAUGGCUACCUUGAACAAAGAUCUUUAUGGGCAUAGUGCGGGUUCUAUGUCCAACAACCCAGAAUGGGACGACGUAAUCCCCAUACCCUACAGUGAACCCGAUGAUGCCCUCGCCAAGAUUGCCUACCCCGACGACUAUGCGGAAGCCACAUCGUAUCUUCGCGCUGUUAUGGCUGCAGACGAGUGCUCCCCCAGAUGUCUUCGCCUCACGGAACACGUCAUUUCUAUGAAUCCUGCACACUACACCGUGUGGCUAUAUCGCUUCAAGAUUAUUCAGACAUUGAAUUUGCCCGUCCCUGAAGAGAUCGAGUGGCUGAACCAGGUAGCCCUGGAGAACCUAAAGAACUAUCAAAUAUGGCACCACCGCCAGCUUUUGCUAGACUACUACUUCCCAAGCAUUGAUGGAGAUGAAGAAACGAUCAAGAACUUGGCAAGGACUGAAACACAGUUUAUUAACAGUAUGCUUGAAGAAGACACGAAAAACUAUCAUGUCUGGUCCUUUAGGCAAUAUUUGGUGAGGAAACUUGGCAUGUGGAACGUCGCUGAGCUGGCUGCGACACAAAAUUUGAUUGAAGACGAUGUGCGAAUUUUUCUAGUCUUCUCGAACAGUGUUGCCACACCGAAUCUACCUGCCACUGCACAUGACCCGAAAGUCCCUGGCUCCCUCAUCGAUAGAGAAAUGGACUAUGCAAAAGAAAAGAUCGCUUUAGCGCCCCAAAACCAAUCCAGCUGGAAUUACCUCCGAGGAGUGCUUGCCAAGGGUGGCAGAGAUCUGUCAGGUGUUCGUGAAUUCUCGGAGCAGUUUAUAUCUAAUUUGGGUGCUGAUGGCGAGGAUGUGAAAAGCUCUCAUGCUUUGGAUAUACUGGUUGACAUCUAUCGCCAGGCUGGUAACAUUAGCAAAGCCAGGCUCUGUCUGCAGAGGCUUUGGGAGAAAUGGGAUCCAGUACGCGAAGGAUAUUGGAAGUUUAGAGCGUCUGAACUGGGAGAGGCAAUAGAGUAG